CGACAUCUGAGGACAAUUCUCCUCAAACCGUACUGGAUUCAGUUUUCAACCCUUUGUGUUGGUUUGAAACAAAUUAAUGAAUGAAUGUUAGUGUAGGCUUAUGAGGAAUAUCCGCAUGUAAUAGACAAAAUGCAAGAAACAAUAUCCAUUUUAAAAACGAGCAAAAGCUUGCACCAUUACGUAUUGACAAACGACGUCAACGGUGCAAGUCAGUGUCUCAGUGAUGACGUCAUGGCUUGGAGCACGAGAGAUACAAACGGUCUGACGUCAUUGAUGAUCGCCGCAACGCUAAAUAGGCUUGAAGUAAUAAACGUGUUGUUGACGUCAAAAUGUGACGUUAAUGAAGUCGACGUCAAAGGAAAUACGGCUCUUCACUUGGCUGUGGAUGAGGGACAUUUGGAAGUUGUCAAGAAACUUGUAAACAGUGGUCGGUGUGUGGUAGACGCGCUCAAUUGCGCGGGAGAAAGCGCUCUCAUGCGAGCAGCGUUCUACGACUAUGUCGAAGCAGCCAGAUCGCUGUUAAAGGAAGGUGGUGCGGAUCCAGAAGUAAGAAACACAGAGGGGCAAACCGCCUUAUUGGUGGCGCUUCAGGAAGGAAGUCACAUGACUGCUGAUGUACUCGUGAAAACCGGAUGUGACGUCACUGUCACAGACAACAUGGGACGUACCGCAUUGUACAUGGCUAUUCAUAGUCCGUGUAUAAAGACGCUUGAAUGUGCAAAGCUGCUGGUAGAAAAUGGCUAUUGUUUGUCUACAGACAAGAUGUGGCUAUUGAAUGACGAAAAGCACAACUUGUUUUACCAGGACGACGACUUCUAUAUGACAGUUCGAUGGAAAUUACGUUAUAACUCAACAGAUGAAAACGCUACGGACCAGAUAUGGUCAGUUUCUGCUGAAAAGGCAACUCCACUACAGUCCACGAAUGCGCUAUCCAUACCUCCGAAGAUCUCGUCGACAUCGCCGCCAUUUGCAAUGUCUCCGAUACUGAAGGAAAAGAUCAUGUCUCAUGAACUCCCAAAAUUUACACCCAUACCUUUUAGCAAGCUCGCCUCAGAUGAUGUUUCGAAAUAUGGCUCUCCGGUCUCGUCACCGCUGCAGCACAGACGAAGUUUAUUUAAAGACUCUAAGUGUUCAUCUUGGACAAGACCGGAACUAACGUCAUCAUUUUCGUCAGAUUCUGAUGACGCAAUGAAUGACGUCAUGCAUACGAAAGGAAACGGAAAACAAAUUCGAAAAUCGCAAUCGUUUUCUGAAAGAAGAAUUAGUUCAUCAAUAAACAAUGAAUUACGUCUGCAUCCCAUGUCUAAUCUUCCUCAUAAAGUUAAUGGGUGUUGGUCGCCAGGCCCUCGGGCUCGAUUUGUAAAAUCCGCCAGUGACGGAGCUCAAUCGGCGCCAAACAGCCCAAUGAUUCGCUACAAGCGACAAAUAAGUGUUCAGCCAACACCAUAUGGAUCACAUGAUGACAUUGCUCCACGGAAAAUUUCUCUUCCUAGCAAGCCAACCGUGAAGUUCUGUACAGAAAUACAAGUGUUUAAUUCCAAGCGGAAAACGUAGACCUAAGUUCAAAUUGGCAUCUGUAUAACUGCAGACACAUGCUCCUUCAUAUUUUAUUGUACAACAUAGUGUUCGGUGUUAUACAAUUUUAAUUUCAAUACAUAUUUUGUUUAUACUGAAAACAAUUCAGGGAUUAUAAAGUUCAGGAAAAAUCCUGAAAUCAGGAUUAAAAAGGUUCAAUUUGUUGUACAAGUUUCAAAGUUGUAUUUGCACAUCAUCCAGAAGAUUAUGGCCCUAGUGAAAAAAGUAUAUUCAAUAUUUACAGAUGAACGCAUAUAGAAAAACAAUAUUUCCAUCUAUUUCAAUAUUAUUCUUACCCAAAUUAAUUCAUGUUAUGUUAUGCCAUACUAAUAUUAAUGACGAAAACAUAUGUUUCAACUAUAUUUAACAAUAUUCAGUUAUAAACUGUUUUAACAAGCGUGUUACGUAUUACCUCUUAAAAAGUAGUUGUUUUUUCAGGUUUGAGUUUUCCAAAACAUGAUAUAUUGUAAAUAACUGAUAAUUUUACAAUCGUUAAAUAAUUUGCAUUUAUGAUAAAUAAGUAAAUUACCAAUAACGAUAUAAUUAUGCGGGAGGGGCGUCCCAAGGGUAGCGGCGUAGAAAACACUAUUUUUGAAAAAAAAGGGUAUUUUGAAAACUAACUUGAAUACUAAUAAAACUCCGGAAUAUGCGUAAAAGAAGCAAAAAAUAAAUGUUGAUUUCAGUGUAAGAUCGUAUUUAAUUCCACUCGUAUUCAUAGAAAACUAUAUUUUAUAUAAACAAAUGUUUUCUAUGACAUUCGCAAAAUAAAAUACGAUCAACAAAUAUCCUGCAUAUAUUUACCUCGUAUAUCAGAAUAAAGAUUACAUUCUAAAAACAUGGUAUUCGUUUCUAAGACUUGGAAUUCAUUACGAAUUUAUAGGUAUAGGGUUAGGUUUUACCCAUCUUCCACUUUCGACUUAACGUAUAUGCAAAAACACGUAGCCUUAAUAAACUAAAACGAAACUUUUUUUUAUAUACCAUGAAAUUAAAUAAGGUUGAAGUUAAAACUUGCUAUGUUCUUGUAAAACAACGCUCUACUAGAUUCGUCUAAACUUCGAUUCCAGAUUGAAUAAAAUUGUCAUUUCAUCUCUGUUUAACAUUACAAUUUGAUAUCAUCCUGGAAAUGCCAUACAUCAUAAAAUCCGAGUAUACUUAACAAGUUUCGUAUCAAUGAACAAGCACUUGUGUAAUUUUGGUAUCAUUCACAAUCAAUCAACAGUGUAAGGUAUAUUUUCUUAUUGAACUUAUUAUCGUUUGUAGGUUACAACUUCACUUAUAUUAAUGUCUGAAAAAUGACAAGUCCAAGCCUAUGAUAAAUAAAACCAUUUUGUGUAGCCAUUUUUACACCUAAUACUAUUUUAUAAAAUUGCAUAUAGAUUCCCUCUAUGGCUUUUCCUUUAACAAAACCCCAUACCUCACUGCCAUUAUUCAAAAUUUGCGUGAUGUGUUCAUCAAACAAUUCAAACUAAUGUCUUACAGUAAAAUCAGUGUAUAGAGUUCAUUUAAAAAAAACAACACUUUAAUGCUUGACAUGCCAUUUUACGUUGGGCAUCUGAAAAAGACUCAACGGGAACUAAAACAACUCCUAUAUAAUUAAUUUGUUAACAAUCUGAAUUUCAUUUCCGUUGUAAUAUACAUAUGGAUAUAUGAGCCGGAAGUCUUCUUCCUUUUCUACAUUAUAACUUUUUUUCAGUAUUAACAACCAGUUUCCAUGUCAUUUUGUAUAUGUGUAAAGUUUUUCUUUGCUGGACAUUAGAAGGACAUUGAAAAUAAUCCUAUCAGGGGUCUGAGCCCCUAAACCUUACUGGGGGACCGUACAUAUAUCUACUGCCAACCUGCCUGUAACUAUCUGAACACCAUCAAUAGCCCUGGUCAGGCCAAACCAAUUUAAUGUAUUCGUUCGGAUUUUGCCAAGGGCAAUGGAAACAGGGGAGGAAAUAUAAAAACUUUUUUGAAAACAAUCUAUUUCGUUAUUUGACAGCAGAGGGUGAAACCAUGAGAGUUCUCAUACAUCUUAUUGUGGACAUAUAGUUUCCUCUUUGUCAUUCAGCAAUAAAC